GCCGACCUUUUUACAAGGAAAAUUAUAAAGACAUGGAGUUGGAUGAUUGGUCACCUCCAGAUGCUGAUCUUACACAUAAGAUGGUGACCCAAAUUGAACACUAUCUUUCCGAUGAAAAUCUAGCAAAAGAUGCAUUCCUUUUAAAACAUGUGAAAAGAAACAAAAUGGGUUAUGUGAACAUAAAGCUGCUGACAUCUUUUAAAAAGAUGAAGCCUCUGACCAAAGAUUGGCGAGUCACAGCCUACGCCCUAAAUUACUCCUCCAAACUAGAAGUCAACAAGGAGGGCAACAAGGUCCGUCGCAAAGACCCAGUACCAGAGUCCCUCUUGGUUCAGGUGCCCAGCAGACUUCUGUUUAUGUGGAACAUCUCUGCUGAGCUGACGUCGAGUGGCAAUGGUGGUGAUGAAGACGUCCCUGCACCCCAGAGGAGCACUAUGGAAAAGGCCAUCACUCUCCUGGAGCCCUUUGGAAGCAUCUGCACAGUGAGGGUGUUCCGGCCGGGGAAGGAGCUCCCACAGGAAGUCCAGAGGUUCGCCAACAGGUACCCUGAGCUGUGCUCCCAGGAAAGUGUUCUGGUAGAGUAUGAGGACUUGGAAGGCGCCGGUAGAGCCUACCACCAGCUGUCCCAGUCCGAGGACUUUGUGAGAGUCGUCCUGAUCGGGAUGACAUCGAAAAAGAAAGCAGGGCAUAAGUUGGGAGGCUGCGUUGAGAACAGAGGUGCCGGUAAAGGUGUAUCAAUCGCCAACCGCUGCUUGGAGCAGCUCCAGUUCCAAGGGGAAGACUCUUCUGCGUGGAGUUCGUCCGGCGAAUCCGAGAUGGCCUCUCCGAUGCACAUGCCUAGGUUCUCCUCAGGCCAGGUAUGCAGGAGCCCCUGGGACAGCCCUCGCUCUAGCCCCUACCACAGCCCCAGGGUCCUCCGGGCACCUCUGCCCACCCUUCCGCGGGUCUCUCCGCUUCUGGCCUCCGAGAUGUGGAGGAGCCCCGAUACCAGCCCGGAUCUCAGUCGACGCAACUACGAGAACCCGGCCGAUAGCAGCAGUCUCUGGUUCCAGAGGCGUAAACUGGCUGCGGUGCAAACCUCCUCCCUGGAUGACAGCAGCAGCAGUAAGCAGGGUCGUCUGAGUAUUAAGAGGGUCCUAAUGGGGGAUUCCCUGCCCCCCGGGGUCAUCCGGUUCCCCUACGGGCCAGAUGGGACAAGAGGAUUUCCCAGCUCCUUCGUAGGAAGAACACUUCAGUACACCCUCAAGACAUGACCUCAGACCAAUGCUGUUCAUGUUGUUAUGUUUUAGGAAGUAAUCUACUGAAUUGUAUAGAUUUUAUUUUAUAGUCUCGUAUAGACCUGUGUGCAGGAAAAAUUGUAACAAGCAUCUUGAAGGUGAAUUCUAGAAAUAACAUUUAGGGACGGUAUCCUGAAAAUGCGUAGUUCUGGACUAAGAUGCACUUACAAUGGAGUAUCUCCAUUGAACAUGCUAUAAGGACUAGGACUUCUGUUAUGCUGUUAAAUCCUGUGGCUAACAUCUCAACAUCUACCCACACAGUGACUACAUCUUAACUUCCUAUCUUUCCUCAUUCUAUGACUCAGCUGCAGUUAUUAAUAUUCUUAAAAGGCCCAGUGCAGUCAAAAACGUUCUUGUGUUUUAUAUAUAUUUCGACACGAGGUUGGAAUAAUAAUGUGGUAAUGGCCUGUUAGUGUAAGAGCUGUUUGAAAAAGCCACCGCUUGCUUGAAAAAUUGCUCUUUGCUCAGAAGCUUUGUUUCUUUUUGACAAUAUUUAAUUGAAAGCAAUCAUAGUAAGGUAAUUGUUACCCAGAAAUGAUUUGAAACAGCUGCGCUUUUGACUGAGUGCAGGUCAACAUUGCACUGUGCUCUAGUGAAGAAAAGCUAUUUGUAUAGCCCAGUUAUGAUAUAGCCUGAAAAUAAACUUUAGUAUGUCGAUUUGAAUGAGAAACUGCCAAAAUGAAUGUCGCCAUGACAACAUGGGAAACUGUCUGAGCCCUCUAGUACUGUGUCGAGAGUCCCUGCACCACAGCAAAGGGCUUCUAUUCUGAUUCAAAAAGCUGACAAAGGGGUUUGACAAUGACGAAAAUGAUGCCUCAUAAGAGCUCUUUUGUUGCCAAUUUCGGCGUGUCAAUUAAAAUGUACGACAAAGUCUCUU